GAUUUUUCGAUUGAAAAUAACUUUUUGCCUGUUAAGUUUGGUGAAACAUAUAAGUUGCGUUUAUUUGGAACGUCUCUGUCUACGAUAUCUAAAAUAGCGUUUAUAGAAGAUCUUCCCCAAACUAUAAAACUAUGUGAAGACAACUUAUUUUCCCCUGCAUUUUAUUUAUUUCAAAUUGAUGAAAAUAUGGCUAUUGUGAAUGCUUCUUUUACUCGGGCUAUCUUAAAGCCUGUUUGUCUGCUUAUGUGUUCAUAUGAUCCCAAAAGUAAAUUAUGGGUUUAUGAAAACCAUACUUAUCCACGUGGAAUCAUACUAAGUCCGUCAUAUCCCAACUUUUUUAUUGUAAUUUUGGUUUUUGUACUCUUUAUUCUCUUGCUCUUUUCUGCAUUAUUUAGUGGAAUAAAUAUUGCAUUCGUUGGUUUGGAUAAAGUUGUUAUUCAGAUAUAUCUAUCGGCUGGAUCAGCAGAAGAGAAGCUUCAAGCUGCUGCCGUGCUUCCUGCUUUAGAAAGAUCAAAUCAUCUUCUCUGUGCUAUAAUUUUUUCUAACGUUUUGACUAAUGUCUCAUUCUCUAUUGUUGCAGACAGUCUGAUUGCCUCGCAUUAUGUUUCAAUUAUUUUUGCUACCAUUGUCCUUGUCUUUUUUGGCGAGCUGUUGCCUCAAGUAAUUUGUUCAAAAUAUCCGCUCCUGGUUGUUUCCAAAACUAUAUGGAUCACCAAGUUCCUAUUGCUUGCAACAUCACCUCUAACUUAUCCAAUGGGCUAUAUCUUCGACAAAUGCGUUGGUCAAUAUAUGGGACUGAGUCUUGGUAGAGAAAAACUUGUAGCGUUGGUUCGCGCUGAGGCUCUUAGUGGCUAUGUGGAUAUGGAUGAAGUAAAAAUCAUUACAGGGGCACUGAGUCUUUUCAAAAAGACCGUAAAGGAUAUAAUGACUCCUUUAGAACACAUUUUUAUGAUUUCAUAUAAUGCUUGCCUAGAUUUUGAUAUGACUAAUGAAAUAAUAGCCAAUGGUUUUACACGAAUACCCGUAUAUGAGGGCACUAGACAGAAUAUACGAGGCCUAUUAAAUGUAAAAGAUUUAGCAUUUGUAGACCCGAAUGACAAGAUUUUGGUUUCAACAAUAUGCAACUUCUACAACCGUAAAUUUAUAGUGGUGUCAAAGGACGCACAAAUAAGAGUCAUGCUUAAUCUUUUUAAGAAAGCAGGAAGUUCUCAUAUUGCCAUAAUCAAGGAACGGUAUACGGAUGGACAAGAGUCGCAUGAAAGGAUUAUUGGAAUGAUCACACUUGAGGAUGUUAUUGAGGAAAUCUUGCAGGAAGAAAUUAUAGACGAGACGGACAUUAUAAACUUUUUAAAUAUCCCCAUGGUUGGAGUUGGAUUACACCAAGAAUUGCAUCGAUUUGUUCUAAUGUAA